AUGGGCCUAGUCUAUCCACACCGUCACUACAUUAGCAGCACCAACACCACUGCGCCAUCUAUAUCGUCUGCCUCGUCUGUAUCUAGCCACUCCAGCUUCCACAUCGCCAUGACACGCACGCAGCGCCGCGAGGUGAUGGUGCGCAGGGCAGUCGCUCGGCGCAUUGUGCAGCAGGUGCGGAACCAACGCAAGACCCGGCAGCAGCACAGCAGGCGCAGCGCGUCGACAGCCGAGUGCAAGCUCGCCGAUGACGAUGAAUCCACUGCCGCGGUCGCUGCUAUCGCUGCGCUGGCGGCAGCCAUGUCGGCGACGCGGACUGGAAACUACAUUGACGAUCAGUGUGUAACGUGCGACGAUGACUCGCGGCCGGUGCCCGUCCUGGACAACACCGCGCUGUCUGCAGAGGCGGAGGCAGAGGCAGAGGCGGUCCUAGACGCAGAGUGCCAGAUUAUCCAGCGCAUCAUCGAGCUGCAGAGGGAAAAGGAGCGGCUGCUGCGGUUGAUGCACCAGGGCAAGCCCACAUCGACAUGAUCUGAAUCGAAUCGAAUCGAAUCGAAUCAAAUCAAAAAGGCUUACCAAGCCAUAUACUAGCAUCACCAAUUCAAUGUUGUUGCGUGGAUUCCUACCCAUUUGAUCUUGCUACCGCUACCUGUAAUUAUUCAUAUUCAAAGUGAUUUCCGCGCUGCUUCCAGCCGCCUAGGUCGUGUGUUGAUUCUUUGCUAUUUCCUCCCUUUCAAAAAACGCGCAGUUUUUUCUUUGACAGUCGUCGUACAUCCCUUUUUAGCCUUUGCUUUUGCCCCUCUUUUUGUCACUCGCCUUUUUGCUUUUCUAACUUAUAUUU